CUGCCUCUUCGUCCCCCCUUCAGCCUCAUGUCCUCACUACCGCCAAGCCGGAGCAGAGUCUCUGUCUAGCCGACACCGAGAGCCCGCUGCCGGGGGCAGGCGGAGUCCACUGAGCGGUGCCAGGAUGCGGUGCCACAAGUUUUGGGGACCAUGUUCGGUUGGAUUCUAUAUUUGUGCCACCAUGCUUUUCAAAGGAUCCCUGCAGGGAGAAUACCAGAGGAAGCUGUACAAGGAACUGAUGACUAACUACAACAGACUUGAGAGGCCCGUGGUCAACGACUCAGCCGCCAUACUUGUGGAGCUGGGUCUCACACUGCUGCAGAUAAUAGAUGUGGAUGAGAAGAACCAAGUGCUGAUGACCAAUGCCUGGCUGCAGCUGUACUGGACGGAUAUCUACCUGAGUUGGAAUACAGAAACCUACCCUGGUGUCCAGAACCUGAGGUUCCCUUCAGACCAGAUCUGGACCCCUGACAUCCUCCUUUACAACAGUGCGGAUGAGCGCUUUGAUGCUACGUUCCACACUAAUGUGCUGGUGAAUGCAUCAGGUUACUGCCAGUACAUCCCUCCUGGUAUCCUGAAGAGUACCUGCUACAUUGACGUGCGUUGGUUCCCCUUCGACGUGCAAAAGUGCGACUUGAAGUUUGGUUCCUGGACGCACAAUGGCUGGCUGCUGGACCUCCAGAUGCUGGAUGUAGACACAUCCACCUACAUCUCUAAUGGGGAGUGGGACCUUGUAGGUGUGCCAGCCAAGCGCAAUGAGCUGUAUUACGAGUGCUGUAAGGAGCCCUACCCUGAUGUGACAUUCACGGUCACAAUGCGCCGCAGGACGCUUUAUUAUGGCCUCAAUUUGCUCAUCCCCUGUGUGCUGAUCUCCGGCUUGGCUCUGCUGGUCUUUUUGCUGCCUGCUGACUCUGGAGAAAAGAUUUCUCUGGGCAUCACGGUGCUCCUCUCACUCACCGUCUUCAUGCUUCUGGUAGCAGAGAUCAUGCCUGCCACGUCCGACUCCGUCCCGCUCAUCGCUCAAUACUUCGCAAGCACCAUGAUGAUAGUGGGAAUGUCAGUGGUGGUGACUGUUAUAGUCCUGCAGUUUCACCACCAUGACCCUCAGGGAGGCAAGAUGCCCAAAUGGGUUCGUGUGUUUCUUUUGAACUGGUGUGCCUGGUUCCUCCGGAUGAAACAGCCUGGUGAGGAGCGCAAGCGGCCAGGCUACAAGUACCGCCAACCUACCCAGCACCACUCCAGCACCAGCUCCAUUGAAAUGGGCGCUGUUCCAAGCCUCAGUGUGCCCCUCUCACAGACUUCCUGCCCACCGUGCCCCUCUGGCACCUCCAACGGUUCCAUGAGCCUCUACUUCAGUAACUACCACCCCAUAGAGAGCCCACACUGCCCACCGUCGAGCGACUCCGGGGUAGCCCUGGGAGGACGAGCUCAUGGCUCACCCAGUGACGAUGCCGAGCCUCCUGGGGGAACUGGCAGUGGUGUUGGAGGUCUGGGAAUGGGAGUUGGAGCUGGGAUGGGCGUUAGCAUCCCCCCACCGGAGAUCCAGCGCAUCUUGGAGGAGGUUUCCUACAUCGCCCAGCGUUUCCGGGACCAGGAUGAGGCUGAGGCCAUCUGCAGCGAGUGGAAGUUUGCAGCAGCAGUGGUGGACCGUCUGUGCCUGGUGGCCUUCUCUCUCUUCUCCAUCAUUUGCACCUUCACUAUCCUCAUGUCAGCACCCAACUUCAUAGAGGCUGUUUCCAAGGACUUCACAUAGCCGGUUUCAGCUGCUGUAGAGAGGGGAGAAGGACGAUUAAAAGAUUAGGGGUCGUGAAGAGAUUAAGAGAAAGUGGAUGGGGAAAGAAAAUGAUUAAAAGUGCUGUACAUGGUCCUCAACCUUCAGCCUGGGACCCCACUGGAAAGAUGGUGGAGAAGAACAGAGCCAAUUAGACAAUAAUAUCCAUAAGUGGUAACACAUCUUUCUGUUACAUUUGCAAAUUU